AUGGCUCCCCUGUGGCUCCUUGUCCUGCUGGCCCUGGCCGUGCCCUCCUGGCCCACCUGGGACACCUGCGACGGCACCUGCGGGCUCCGCCCCAUGGCCGAGGAGUUCGGGAGCGGCUCCGGGGCCGUGCCCGGGGCCUGGCCGGGACUCGCCAGCAUCCAGGACCCGCACAGGGCCGGGAGCGGCCACGUGUGCGGCGGGACCCUCAUCACCCCCACCUGGGUCCUCACGGCUGCCCGCUGCUUCCCCCGCGCCCGGAACGUCAGCUCGUGGCGCGUGGUGCUGGGGGCCUGGGACCUGAGCGACCCCGGGCCCGAGGCGCAGGUGAGGCAGGUGAGGCGGCUGCGGGAGCACCGGGACCUGGACGUGGCGCUGCUGGAGCUGGAGCGGCCCGUGGAGUGCAGCGACUUUGUGCAGCUCGGCUGCGUGAGCGAGGCUGGGCCGCGGCCGGGCGGGCUCGAGCCCUGCUACAUCGGGGGCUGGGGCUCCAGGGAGGGUGUGUCCCAGGACACGCGGGAGGUGCUGUGGGAGGCGCAGGUGCGGCUGCUGCAGCCCGAGCUCUGUAACGGCGCCGAGGCCGCGGAUUCUCCCCAGGUGUGUGUGGAGCUCUCGCAGCGCGGCUCUGGCACCUGCCAGGUAGACACCGGGGGUCCCCUCGUGUGCCGGGACCGCGGCUCCGAGCACUUCUGGCUCGUGGGGGUCACCAGCGGCGCCCGCGGCUGCGUCUUCACCCCGGCCUGGCGCUUUAGCCACUGGAUCCUGCUGACCAUGGGGACCCCCGAGGGGACCCCCGGGAGCCCCGGGCCGGAGCCGCUGAACGCGGUGCUGCUGCAGUUCUUCUCGGUGAUGCGGGACCUGCUGCGCUUCCUGCGGGACCCCACGGGCUGA